UUCUAGUUGAAUCCACAUAAUUGUAAAAUUAAGUUAGACUCAACUGAACUUGAGAACUCACGGUUUUAUGUGAGUUUUUUUGUGAUAUUUAUUAUUUUUGUUUAUAGACAAAGACAGUUAAUUUUUUUAUGGAAAAGAAUAUAUUGUAGAGAAAAAAAAAAUCAAUCGUUAAAUUUUUUUAAACUUUUCUUGUGAUAAGAACGGUAGAUUUAAGACUAAAAGAAUAUAUAUUUUAUUUUGCCGUCGCAUAUCCCUUCACUUUCAAUUUUAUUUCGUAUAUCAAAUCAAAUGAUCCAAAUGAUGAAAUUUAGUAAAUUUGGUAUCCAUUUCACUCAAUUACAUCGCUUUCAAUAAAUCCUUUUUUUUUUUGUCCGUAAAUCCAAAAAUAUUUUAGUUGUAAUAUUUGUAACUAAAAAAAAUAUUAUGGAAUUUGAACCCUUUUUUAUAAAGAACAUGAAGCUGAGAAUGUGGAUUAAAAUCCCAACUUCGAAUUUCCUCACAUCAAUUGCUUAUAUUUAUGGAAUUGACAGAUUGGUAUGUUUAAAAACUCAUGUGAAGUCACGCUAAAGGAAUUGAAACAAUGGAUGGCACCAGAAAAGGUUAAAUCUUCAAUCACAACUUUUCCUUCUUCAGCUGAAAUAGUACCUGAACCACUUGGUGUUGUGUUAGUCAUCUCUGCAUGGAACUAUCCAUUUUUGCUAUCCCUUGAUCCAGUUGUUGGAGCUAUAGCAGCAGGUAAUGCUGUGGUUCUAAAACCAUCAGAAAUUGCUCCAGCAUCAUCUUCACUGCUGGCAAAAUUGUUAGGGAAGUACAUGGAUAACUCAUCUAUAAGAGUUGUUGAAGGGGCAGUUGAUGAAACUACUGCAUUGUUGCAGCAAAAGUGGGACAAAAUUUUCUAUACAGGUAAUGGAAAAGUGGGAAGGAUAGUGAUGGCUGCAGCUGCAAAACACCUUACACCAGUUGUUCUUGAGCUUGGAGGAAAAUCUCCAACUGUUGUUGAUUCAAAUGUCAAUUUAGAGGUUACAGCUAGAAGGAUAAUUUCUGGCAAGUGGGGCUGUAACAACGGACAAGCCUGCAUUUCUCCUGAUUACAUUAUAACAACAAAAGACUUUGCUCCAUUGUUGGUAGAUGCCUUAAAGACUGAGUUGGAAAACUUCUUUGGAAAGAAUCCAUUAGAAUCAAAUGAUCUGUCGCGGAUUGUGAGUUCUAACCACUUCAAUCGCUUGAUAAAGCUCAUGGAUGAGGAUAAGGUUUCUGACAAAAUUGUUUAUGGUGGUGCAAAAGAUGAAAGCAAAUUGAGGAUUGCUCCUACUAUUUUAUUAGACGUUCCACGAGAUUCACUGAUAAUGAGUGAGGAGAUCUUUGGUCCAUUGCUUCCCAUCAUCACAGUGAAUAAGCUGGAAGAAAGCUUCGAUGUGAUAAACUCCGGAACAAAGCCACUAGCAGCAUAUUUAUUUACAAAUGACAAUAAGUUCAAGGAACAAUUUGUGAAGAAAGUUUCUGCUGGUGGUUUGCUUAUCAAUGACACUGUCUUACAUCUUGUGGUUUGUACUUUGCCAUUUGGGGGAGUUGGAGACAGUGGAAUGGGUGCAUACCAUGGAAAAUUCUCCUUUGAUGCUUUUACUCACAGAAAGGCGGUACUUUAUCGCGGUUUUACAGGCGAUUCAUCUUUAAGGUACCCACCUUACACGGAUACAAAGCAGAAAUGUAUGAAGGCUCUAGUUGCCGGUGAUGUCCCCGGUAUUGUUCGUGCUCUUUUCGGAUGGUCCUAGGCUUUAAUUUGUUUUCAAAUGUGGCUGCUAGUGAUUUACCUUUUGUUCUUAUUCUAUUGUAUUAAUUGUGCACAUUGGUUUCGUUCUAACCACUUUUCAAAAUAAAUUUAUUAAACGAGGUCUAUGCUUGGUAAAAGAAAA